UGCGGCUGGAGCCAAGCGCGCCGCGUCGCCUGCCGUUGCCGCUGCCGCUGCCGGUGCAGAGCGUGGGGAGCACUCAGCCGCAGCCUUCGGCCGCCGCGGAGGGUCGUGCAGGCGCUGCCGGCCAGGCCGCCCCGUGCCCGGGCCUUGCGGUCCCCGGAGCCGAUCGUGGCCCGCCGGGCCGCCGGGCCGCCUGCCCGCAGAGACCAGAGACAGCACCCGCCUGAACCGAGGCCGCGGGAGCGGCCGUGCCCAUGACCGGGUGUCUGCACUUGGCCCCCCUGGCUACACCUCACCCCGGUGCUGGGACCUCGGGGGGCCGCCUGCCCCCGGCGGAGGCUGCACCUGCGAGAACACCCCCGCCCCCGUGCCACAGGCAGGAUGGGCGACGUGGCCAACAGUUCCAUCGAGUUCCACCCCAAACCCCAGCAGCAGCGGGAGGCCCCACAUGCAGGCGGCUUCGGGUGCACGCUGGCCGAGCUGCGCUCCCUCAUGGAGCUCCGGGGGGCCGAGGCACUGCAGAAAGUCCAGGAGGCCUAUGGGGACGUGGGCGGGCUUUGCAGGAGGCUGAAGACCUCACCCACCGAGGGCCUGGCUGACAACGCCAACGACCUGGAGAAGCGCAGGCAGAUCUACGGGCAGAACUUCAUCCCCCCCAAGCAGCCCAAGACCUUCCUACAGCUGGUGUGGGAGGCCCUGCAGGAUGUGACCCUCAUCAUCCUGGAGGUGGCUGCCAUCGUGUCCCUGGGCCUCUCAUUCUAUGCACCGCCCGGGGAGGAGAGCGAAGCCUGUGGGAAUGUGUCGGCUGGGGCCGAAGACGAAGGGGAAGCUGAGGCGGGCUGGAUCGAGGGGGCCGCCAUCCUGCUGUCUGUCAUCUGCGUGGUCCUGGUCACGGCCUUCAACGACUGGAGCAAAGAGAAGCAGUUCCGAGGCCUGCAGAGUCGCAUAGAGCAGGAGCAGAAGUUCACCGUCAUCCGGAAUGGGCAGCUCCUCCAGGUGCCCGUGGCCACGCUCGUGGUGGGGGACAUCGCCCAGGUCAAGUAUGGAGACCUGCUGCCUGCCGAUGGCGUGCUCAUCCAGGGCAACGACCUCAAGAUCGAUGAGAGCUCCCUGACGGGCGAGUCGGACCAUGUGCGUAAGUCGACAGACAAGGACCCCAUGCUGCUGUCAGGCACUCAUGUCAUGGAAGGUUCUGGAAGAAUGGUGGUGACGGCCGUGGGUGUGAAUUCCCAGACGGGCAUCAUCUUUACCUUGCUUGGAGCUGGUGGAGAGGAGGAAGAGAAGAAGGAUAAGAAAGGCAAGCAGCAGGAUGGGGCGAUGGAGAGUAGCCAGACCAAAGCGAAGAAACAGGAUGGGGCUGUCGCCAUGGAAAUGCAGCCCCUAAAGAGCGCAGAGGGCGGGGAGAUGGAGGAGCGGGAGAAGAAGAAAGCCAACGUGCCCAAGAAGGAGAAGUCAGUCCUUCAGGGAAAGCUCACCAAACUGGCUGUGCAGAUUGGGAAAGCAGGGCUGGUGAUGUCCGCCAUCACUGUUAUCAUCCUGGUCCUCUACUUUGUGAUCGAGACCUUCGUCAUAGACGGCCGGGUGUGGCUGGCGGAGUGCACGCCUGUCUACGUGCAGUACUUCGUCAAGUUCUUCAUCAUCGGUGUCACCGUGCUGGUUGUGGCUGUCCCGGAGGGCCUGCCUCUCGCUGUCACCAUCUCCUUAGCUUACUCUGUCAAGAAAAUGAUGAGGGACAACAACCUGGUCCGCCACCUGGAUGCCUGCGAGACCAUGGGCAAUGCCACAGCCAUCUGUUCUGACAAGACAGGCACACUCACCACCAACCGCAUGACCGUGGUGCAGUCCUACCUUGGGGACACCCACUACAAAGAGGUUCCGGCCCCCAGUGCCCUGACCCCCAAGAUCCUCGACAUCCUGGUCCAUGCCAUCUCCAUCAACAGUGCCUACACCACCAAAAUACUACCUCCAGAGAAGGAAGGCGCCCUCCCACGCCAAGUGGGCAACAAGACGGAGUGUGCUCUGCUUGGCUUCGUCCUGGACCUCAAGCGGGACUUCCAGCCAGUGCGGGAGCAGAUUCCCGAAGAUAAGCUUUAUAAAGUGUACACCUUCAACUCGGUCCGCAAGUCCAUGAGCACGGUCAUCCGCACGCCUGAUGGUGGCUUCCGCCUCUUCAGCAAGGGCGCCUCAGAGAUCCUGCUGAAAAAGUGCACCAACAUCUUGAACAGCAAUGGGGAACUCCGCAGCUUUCGCCCUCGGGACCGGGACGACAUGGUGAAGAAGAUCAUCGAGCCGAUGGCCUGCGAUGGGCUCCGCACCAUUUGCAUCGCCUACCGGGACUUCACCGCCGCCCAGGAGCCCGACUGGGACAAUGAGAACGAGGUGGUGGGCGACCUCACCUGCAUAGCCGUCGUGGGCAUCGAGGACCCUGUGCGGCCCGAGGUCCCUGAAGCUAUCCGCAAAUGUCAGCGAGCCGGCAUCACAGUCCGCAUGGUGACAGGGGACAACAUCAACACAGCCCGCGCCAUUGCAGCCAAGUGUGGCAUCAUCCAGCCUGGGGAGGACUUCCUGUGCCUGGAGGGGAAAGAGUUCAACCGGAGGAUCCGAAAUGAGAAAGGCGAGAUAGAGCAGGAGCGUCUGGACAAGGUGUGGCCUAAGCUGAGGGUCCUGGCGCGAUCAUCUCCCACCGACAAACAUACUCUGGUUAAAGGGAUCAUCGACAGCAACACGGGUGAGCAACGGCAGGUGGUGGCCGUGACAGGAGAUGGCACCAAUGACGGGCCAGCCCUCAAGAAGGCGGAUGUGGGCUUUGCCAUGGGCAUCGCAGGGACAGAUGUGGCCAAGGAGGCCUCAGACAUCAUCCUGACGGAUGACAACUUCACCAGCAUCGUCAAGGCUGUCAUGUGGGGCCGCAACGUCUACGACAGCAUCUCCAAGUUCCUGCAGUUCCAGCUGACGGUCAACGUGGUGGCCGUGAUUGUGGCCUUCACGGGUGCCUGCAUCACUCAGGACUCUCCUCUCAAAGCCGUGCAGAUGUUGUGGGUGAAUUUGAUCAUGGACACAUUCGCCUCUCUGGCUCUGGCAACAGAGCCACCCACUGAGUCGCUGCUGCUGCGGAAGCCAUACGGCCGGGACAAGCCCCUGAUCUCACGGACCAUGAUGAAGAACAUCCUGGGCCAUGCCGUCUAUCAGCUCACCAUUAUCUUCACCCUGCUCUUUGUCGGGGAGCUCUUCUUUGACAUUGACAGUGGACGGAACGCUCCCCUGCACUCGCCACCCUCUGAGCACUACACCAUCAUCUUCAACACCUUCGUCAUGAUGCAGCUCUUCAACGAGAUCAAUGCCCGCAAGAUCCAUGGCGAGCGCAAUGUGUUCCAUGGCAUCUUCAGCAACCCCAUCUUCUGCACCAUCGUGCUAGGAACCUUUGCUAUCCAGAUUGUCAUCGUCCAGUUUGGUGGAAAGCCCUUCAGCUGUUCCCCACUGUCCACGGAGCAGUGGCUCUGGUGCCUGUUUGUCGGUGUUGGGGAACUGGUCUGGGGACAGGUCAUCGCCACCAUCCCCACCAGCCAGCUUAAGUGCCUGAAGGAAGCAGGACACGGGCCCGGGAAGGAUGAGAUGACUGACGAGGAGCUGGCUGAAGGAGAAGAAGAGAUUGACCACGCCGAGCGGGAGCUCCGCAGAGGCCAGAUCCUCUGGUUCCGGGGCCUCAACCGGAUCCAGACACAGAUGGAGGUAGUGAGUACCUUCAAGAGAAGCGGUUCAUUUCAGGGUGCUGUGCGCCGGCGGUCCUCGGUCCUCAGCCAGCUCCAUGACAUUCGGGUGGUGAAAGCGUUCCGUAGCUCCCUCUACGAAGGCCUGGAGAAACCAGAAUCCAAGACCUCCAUCCAUAACUUCAUGGCGACGCCCGAGUUUCUGAUCAAUGACUACACCCACAACAUCCCGCUGAUUGACGACACGGACGUGGAUGAGAACGAGGAACGCCUGCGAGCCCCACCUCCGCCCUCCCCCAACCAGAAUAACAAUGCCAUAGACAGCGGCGUCUACCUGACCACGCACGGCACCAAGUCAGCUACCUCGUCACUGUUUUCUUCCAGACCCGGGAGCCCGCUCCACAGCGUGGAGACGUCCCUCUAAGCAGGACUGCUCUGGGCACAUGCACCAUGCACACACGCGCACUUGGACGGGCAGGGUCAUGGGCAGUGAGGACUGUUGAAGAUGCCCGACCACCCUUGCCCGAAGCCAAUCCAUUCUAGGAGGGGGAGGAGGAUGAAGGAGAGAUCAGAGAGUGAGAAGAGUUGUGUGUCACCCCCCCCCCUUUUUCUAUGGAAGCUUUUUUAAAUGAACACUGUCAUUCCACCAGAUGUUCACUGUUCGGGGCGUGCGGUGGGACAGAGGUCUCCUUGUCAUUUUUGGGGGGGGGCACUCACUGCAGAGCAAUUGGAUCAACACUUUCAACAGGGGAGCGCCACUCUGCAGGAAGGAUGCUCUCACCCAGGUGGCCCACCAGCCCAGCACCCCCUCCCCAGGAUGGGUGCAGUUGGUCUGUGUGUGCGUGUGUGCAUAGCCCCGUGUGCACGUAUAUACAUGUGCGUGCACACAGAGGACCAGAUGCAUAUCUCAAAAAUAAGGAACUACUUAUUGGCAUGAUAUUUCCAUUCCUCUUAUCCAGUAUUUUCAUUUUGAAAUUUCAUUAUUUAUUGUG